AGGUGAGCAUUGAUUCAUUCUCUACCUCCACCCACUUAUUUUUCUGCUGGGAAUGAUUUACCAAGGAGAGAAACGACUGUAUUGUGUGACGCGUUUGGGGACCUUGUGGAAAAACAGGCCAAAGGCUGUUUGUUUGGAGGGAUUGGCAGCCAGAGGGUGAAGGUUUCUGGGGCAGAUCCCAGGGCAGGGCAGAGUGCUCUGCCCGUCUCCGAAGGGUUAACUGGGGAGCAGGUGACGUCAGUCCUGAUCUUUAUCCCUCUGCACUCGGCCACGCACGCCUCCUUGCCGGGCUCUGUGCUCAUUGGCUGUGGGCGGGAGGUACAGUGAGCAGACUUUUUUCAAUUAAGUGAAAGGACAGGGUGGAGGCAGCCAAUGACAGCUGCGCCCCAGCAUACCUUGGGCAAGUGUGCUGGGCCAGGCAGCAUUCUCCUGCCUCCACGCCGCCUGAAACAGCUCCCACCAGCAUGCUCUGCCUGUGCCUGUACGUGCCCCUCAUCGGGGAGGCCCAGACCGAGUUCCAGUACUUCGAGUCCAAGGGGCUUCCCGCCGAGCUGAAGUCCAUCUUCAAACUCAGUGUCUUUAUCCCGUCCCAGGAGUUCUCCACCUACCGCCAGUGGAAGCAGAAAAUUGUACAAGCUGGCGACAAAGACCUCGAUGGGCAGCUAGACUUUGAAGAGUUUGUCCAUUAUCUCCAAGACCAUGAGAAGAAACUGAGGCUGGUAUUCAAGAGCUUGGACAAGAAGAAUGAUGGACGGAUCGACGCGCAGGAGAUCAUGCAGUCCCUGCGGGACCUGGGAGUCAAGAUAUCUGAACAGCAGGCAGAAAAAAUCCUCAAGAGCAUGGACAAGAAUGGCACAAUGACCAUCGACUGGAACGAGUGGCGAGACUAUCACCUCCUGCAUCCCGUGGAGAACAUCCCUGAGAUCAUCCUGUACUGGAAGCACUCUACGAUCUUUGAUGUGGGUGAGAAUCUGACGGUCCCCGACGAGUUCACGGUGGAGGAGAGGCAGACGGGGAUGUGGUGGAGACACCUGGUGGCUGGUGGUGGGGCGGGGGCUGUAUCGAGAACCUGCACGGCCCCCCUGGACAGACUCAAGGUGCUCAUGCAGGUCCACGCCUCCCGCAGCAACAACAUGUGCAUCGUGGGUGGCUUCACCCAGAUGAUUCGAGAAGGAGGGGCCAAAUCACUCUGGCGCGGCAAUGGCAUCAACGUCCUCAAAAUUGCCCCCGAGUCGGCCAUCAAGUUCAUGGCCUAUGAACAGAUCAAGCGUCUCGUUGGGAGUGACCAGGAGACUCUGAGGAUUCACGAGAGGCUUGUGGCAGGGUCCUUGGCGGGGGCCAUCGCCCAGAGCAGCAUCUACCCGAUGGAGGUCCUGAAGACCCGGAUGGCCCUGCGCAAAACAGGCCAGUACUCGGGCAUGCUGGACUGCGCCAGGAAGAUCCUGGCCAGAGAGGGCAUGGCCGCCUUCUACAAAGGCUAUGUUCCCAACAUGCUGGGGAUCAUCCCCUACGCUGGGAUAGACCUGGCCGUCUACGAGACACUCAAGAAUGCCUGGCUGCAGCGCUAUGCGGUGAACAGUGCAGACCCCGGCGUGUUUGUGCUCCUGGCCUGUGGCACCAUGUCCAGCACCUGUGGCCAGCUGGCCAGCUACCCACUGGCCCUGGUCAGGACCCGGAUGCAGGCCCAAGCCUCCAUUGAGGGCGCCCCGGAGGUGACCAUGAGCAGCCUCUUCAGACAGAUCCUGCGGACCGAGGGGGCCUUCGGCCUGUACCGGGGGCUGGCCCCCAACUUCAUGAAGGUGAUUCCGGCCGUGAGCAUCAGCUACGUGGUGUACGAGAACCUGAAGAUCACCCUGGGCGUGCAGUCGCGGUGACGGGAGGGAGGCCAGCCUGCCCGCGGACUCGCUGAUCCUGGGCCUGCAGCCCCGGGAUGUGUAGCCAUCUCAUUCUGUGAAUGUGCCAACACUAAGCUGACUUAAGCCAAGCUGUGAAGACCCUGGGACGCACCUGCAGGGGUGGGGGCAGAGCCGGCAGGCCCGCUGGGUCUGUCCUGCUGACCCUGGCUGACCCUCGGGUCCAUUCCAGGGAAGACCUGUGGGUGUUCCUCAGGGUCCAGGGCUCAGCAGGACACAGGCUCGCGUGCGUGGAGACAGGACAUUUCCUGUGCUGCCUGCCGAAUAGCUGGGCUGGGAGGCUGGCUUCGUUCUUCCAUCGCGUCCUCGCAGCCAGACCAUUGGCGCGGGGCGCCUUCGGGCCUGCUGAGCGUCCUCCCCGGGCCCACCUUGCUUCCUUCCUUGCUGCUGUUUUAAAUGGUAGGAGGAGGGCCCGCAGCCCACUCCCCCCCGCCACGCUGCUCCUCUCCGCCCAGUCCGUGGGGAAGGGUGGUUCUACCUGACCUAAGGCCGACUUCCCAACCGGCAGCGCAGCCACUGGCAGGGAAGAGGGAGGAGUCUGGCUUCUGAGCUGCCCCGCAGACGGGCACCUGGAUGCCCGUGUGCGUGACGAGGGCAAGGCUGCCUGGCGUCCUGGCGCAUGGCUUCAUGGGUCCUGGGACCAGAGGGCCUCUGCUCCCUGCUGCUGGGGGGCUUGUGGGGCUCCGAGCGGGCCCCGGCCCCUGGCAGGACUGGCACCAGCUCAGAACUAACUCCCUCUCCCUUCCCGCCGGCAUGAGGGCAGUGGGCAUUGUGUUGAAGCAGUAAGGGCAGUUUCUGCCCUGAGUCUGCACGCCCUGGUGAGAGAAGGAAAAGGUGAUCAAGGCCUUAAUUAUGUAUUGUUGGAAAAAGGGUUUUGUUCAGAAAGACAAGCCGGACAAAAGUACAAGUUCUGCUCUUCCAGGGAGAAGAGAAGGAGAGCCAGUGGCUCGGCCGACCGCAUUAAAGUCUGUUUCUGGCGCCCCGGGGAUUCGUGUCCAAUCCCAACUGGGGCAAAGCGGGACCAGCCUCACAUUCCACUGACGCAACGUAUCACACUGCUGGGAGCCUAUUUAUUUUGUAUUUAUUUGAACAGAGUUAUGUCCUAACUAUUUUUAUAGAUGUGUUUAAUUAAUAGCCUGUCAUUCUCAAGUUCAUUUUUUAUUCAUAUUUAUGUUCCUGGUUGACUGCACCUUCCCAACACCUGUGAGGUGGGGUGGGAAGAGGAAGGAGGGGGCCGUGGCAGUGACCCUUCUCGCUGCUGCACCAUGUCUGUCCAAAGAAAUUUCUUUCGGAACUGGCGACAGAAGAAAGGCAAGAAGGCAGAAGGGCCCUGAUCACGGAGAGACGGUCCUUCGGCGGGUCAGGGCAGGGCCAGCACCUAGGAAGCCUUAGGAUCUGAGGGUUUGAUCAGGGGCCAGGAAGAGGGGGGGAAAUCUCAACCCUGUUCAGGAUGGAAGUCCAAAUCAUUUCUUAGACUGGGAGGGAUUUCUUUAUUCACCCUUUUUGAAAGACAAGGCAGUGAGGUGCCUAUCACUGUGAGUUUGGGGUGGGGGCCAGAGGAGAGGGCGGCCGGCUCCCCACCCGUACCUGUGAAGCGGGCCCCCUCUGUCCUGGGCCCCCCGCUACCCCUGCUCAGUAAUGCUGGUCAGCGUGCAACUGCACAGCCACACUUCCAUUCACCAGAACGGCCUGAUGAGGACAAUUUAAAUAGGAUGCAAAGAUCAAUGCAAGAUUUAUUGUUAUAUAUAAAUAGAGUUAUAACUGGAAUUGGUGACAAAGCAAAUUAAGAAAGAAUUGGAAGUUGUCAUUUAAAACAGCCUUCUAAUAAAGUUGUUUCAGAGCUGA